CGUCACUUCCUCUACUAGCCAUCUACUGCAUAGAUAGGUAAGGGAGGACUACAAACUGUAAAAACACAAGUGAACAUUAAUGAGACACUCUUCUGCGAGGAAGCUGCGCGCGCCACGGUAAAAAUGAGGAGGAUUUUGUUCUGGGUAGACUUGCAGUGAGACAUCUUUCACUCGCUCUCUCUUUCAGUGUUCAAGCUAGUAAGUUUGAAAGUUGCUUAAUGUGCCUUAACACGCAUUAAAAUGUAUCGUGGGUUUAUUUCGACGAUGUAUAUAACUUUUAUAGUUAGGUUUGGUUGAUAAAAGUGACGCUAAAAAGGGAGGGAGGGACCACCCCGCUGUUUCUGUUCGACAUAUUGCCCCGUUUCAGGCCUGUUUGAACUGUUCAUGUUAUUUUAUAUUAUUUUUCAUACAAAAAAUAAUAAUAAAAAGGGAUGGCCUGUGUGCUGAGGACAUACCACGCCGCUGUUUCAGUAUAUGUGUAUGACAUAUUUGCCCUCUUGCUCCGUUUCAGGAAGUGCAACUUGACUUCAGGGAUGCCGUGUUGGUCGACCUGUGGAUCCUCAUAGCUGAUGAAAGUGAAAAAAGAGAACAAUCCAAUCCAGCACCUCCAUUCAAAGAUAAAAAUGCAAUCAUCAAUCCCUCUUCAUGAACUGGCCCUAAUGUCAGCUUCAAAUGACAGACACUCUAGGACAGAUGAUUUCUGCACAUUGAGAGUUCAUGUUCAAGAGCGGACAAUGCUUUUCAUUAGCUCAGACUGCAGGAGCGAGGUUGGACUAGCCCGAGCUCUUGUGAUUGCAGUCGAAGCUCUCCUUCACCUGCCUGUAGAGUCAGAGGUCAGUGGUGCAUUGUUAAACGCUAUCCUGACGAUAGGCAUUCACAGCCCUGAUAACUUCUUAGCUGAAGUAAGUAAAAAAAUGGAGUGCCCCUCCACAUCACACCCCAUGGUGAUCCAGCGAGGACUCCUUGUAGUUAAAGACAACAAUGAUCCAUUAGCUGCAACCCUUGGUAGAGCCAUGGCACAGGCCGCUACAGCCUUCAACCAAAGGAGAUUGGAAAGUGUGCGUAAUCCUGAUGCACUAAAUUGUGCCAACCUUACUCCAGACAUUAUUCUGGCCUCAGUUUGUGCUUUUACGUUUGCACUGGCGAUCAAAGCAGUGUCCUGCUACAACUCGGCCAUCGACAAUGCUCUGACUCGAAUCAGGGUUAUGGUUGACGGUGGGUCUGCACACCUUGAUCAGUCUUACCUCUUGAGCAGGCGGAUGAUGACAACGUUGGCCCAACUUAUCCGUGGUCAGAUGACGGUCAGAUGGGUGGUGGUUGGCUUGUCACUGCAAGUAGAACUUCAACACACCAAACCCUGGAUGAAAGUGGUCAAGUACUUGUCAGAGUACAUGCAGGACACAGGCAUAGUAGUGUUCGUCCUGAUUAGGGAUCUGCUACUCCAAAUCGGAGUGCCAGAGCUAAAAUUGAACAUUUUCAUUUGUGAAUUAACUCGCUUUAAAGAAGCCUGCUUAGCACAUGUUGAGCUGAAGGAAUACGGCCCGUAUGUGAGAUUCCUCGAGCUUCCUGAAGCCAAAUUGUUCCAGGCGGGCAGAUUUCCAAACCUGGUUCAGUUCAUGCGAGGAUUCGCAUCAGAGUUCAAUCCAAGAGCUGUUGAUCUUCUCACAGGAGGUGGUGUUCAAGUACCAGCAAUCUAUAAUUUGGGGGUUUGCGCCGGCAGAAGAGCAGCAGCAAACCGUUAAUGCAGAUGUGCUCAAGGAGAUUCUUGUACCCCUUGAAGUGGCAGAAAAGCAGCCAAGGAGUCUGGUGAAGCCAAGGCCAAGCUAGCAGGCAUUUUAGUUUGUGAGGUUGCAAUGCUAGUUUAAGUGAACUGUUAUUCAGCUAUUGACCUGUUCUUCAACUAUUUUGAGGUUUUUUUUGUUUGUUUGUUUUUUUGGGGGGGCGUAUGAAUAUUAUUGUUUAAAUGUCAAGUUUUCUGCAAGUGUGAAAAGUUAAGAUGCUGCACUCCACCAAGAUUUAAGAAAGAAAAAAUGCCUGUUGUUGUGCCCUCAUAAGAAAGUGAGCGCUGAACUGUUGAGCGGGCAACAUUUGUGAACGUUUGAAUGCAAUAUCAGCAUUUCAAUGCAACAUUUGGAGAGAGAGAGAGCUGUUGCUGUUUUGACUACACUAUUUAAAUGUCUCGUUUGUUUGUUUCGACAUUAACAAAGUAGUUUGAAAGGUUUAAGUUGUCACACCCUUCCUCUUAAACACAAACUCUUAAACACUCGUGUUUUUUCUUUUGCUCCUUAUAAAAACUAUGUAGAAUAUCUUUUAAAUUAUUUAUUAUUUUGUUAUUUUGUGUUUUUGCUUUUACAUGUAUACAGACUAUGUGCAAAGUAAAAAUAGUAACAUAGUUGUGAGAGAAUUUGUGGUAUAUAAUACAAACAGGGACAUCUGAAACGCUUUUGAGAGUUGGGCUGCUUGUUAAAUGUAAAAAAAAAGAUGGUUUCCAAGUAAUUCAACAUUUUAUUUGGUUAAAAAUAGUGGAAAUAUCAAAUAUGUAAUGUUAAAAUUAAAAAAGAAAAGUAUAGAUACUUUAUAUAUGCAUACGGUGUCACUAUUUGUGUUGUUUAAAGUGUAAAUACUUGUAUAUUAUCUCUACAUUUUUACUUAUUUGAUCUUUUAUUUUAUUUAUUAUUUAUCUGCUCUUUUACUGUAUUUGCACUGGAGUACUGUAACAAAAGCAAUUUCCCCAUAGGGGUUAUUAAAGAAUUCCUAAUUCUGAUUCUAAUAUGAGAAAAAAAA